CGUCGUUAGUGUCGCUAGCAUAAUAGUAGUGAUGCAGGAGAUGAACAAACCGAAAUGAUAAAAGGCUACAGAUGAAAGGGGAAAGUAUCUUCAAUCUUGAACCUAGGGAAAUGGUUGUUGCUUGCUAGCGUUCACAACAAAAUAGCCUAAACGUUUCCUUGAAAAUGUCUAAAAUGCAGCUGUUACAGGUUUAUCUAAGCGAGCGGUUAACAGCGGUGGCUGUUGAGAUAUUUGGGGCAGUGGAAAAUACCAUAGCAGAGUACCAGGAAGAAAUCUCCCGUUCGAAGGAAGAGAUCGAUCGUCUACGGAGGCUGCUGGAUUUGGUUUUCCAACCCGACAUAAAGCUACAGAGAGCAGACCCCCAGCAGCUCACUCUCCCUGUCCCUGAAGAGGAGGUUCUUCCUGAGAAGCAGCACUGUGAGCAGGAGUGGAGCCCCAGUCUGGGCCAGGAGGACCCAGAGCCCACUCCGAUUAAAGAGGAACAGGAGGAGUUUGUGACCAGUCGGGAGGAAGAGCAGCUUCAGGGGCUGGAGUCUGAUAUCAAAGAGGUCAUAUUCUCUCCUCCCUCUCCUCCCCAGCCCUCACAUCAUUCCCAAACCCAAACUGUGGAGAACAGAGAGAGGGACGCUCUACCCACCAAAACAACUGAAGAGAUCAAAACGGAACCGGAUGGAGAGGGCUAUGGAGAAUCUGAAGCAAACAAUGAAUUACAGCCCCGCUCUCCAGUAAAUACCGACUAUUCUGCAGCUCAGAUUGGGAACAGUGAAAGGGACAGUAGAGGGUUAAUGUCAGGGUUACAGCCACUCAAAUCAAAGACAACAUGGACAAUGAAAGUACAAAGCUCUAUUAAGACCAGGGAAGCCAGUGAGUUGAAAGUUCCAUUGAGGGCGGCUCACUCAGGGGAGAGACCACACAGGUGUCCUGUCUGCAGGAAAUGCUUUCUGAAAAGUAGCAUUUUAAAAACUCAUCAGAGAAUUCACACUGGGGAGAAACCAUAUCAGUGCAAAGAAUGUGGCAAAUGCUUCAGCCGGAUGAGAAACCUGACUGUUCAUAUGAGGACUCACACAGAUGAGAGACCAUAUAAGUGCCCCAUGUGUGUAGAAUGCUUCAGAUCAGCAAGUCAUCUAAAAUGGCACCAGCGAAGACAUCACACAGGAGAGAAACCACGUUGCUGACUUUGUGGUAAAUGCUUCACUUGUAAGAACUGAGGAUGAGAAUGAACCCAGAGGGAUAAACAUGACAGUGCUGCUUGGGGAAAAAUUGUACUCUCACUUGUAGGAGGACCUUUCCAUUGUAAAACGCUGAUGUUUCAUAACCCUUCUGAGCAUGGCACAAAUGUAUAUGCUGUAAUACGUUUUUCAGAACCUAGUAGUUAUUUGGCAAUUCCAGCAUUAUUUGCAUGUAAAAAUCACAAUUUAUAUGUCUCACAGAAUGGACAAACAAAAUGUAAAUGAAACCAUUGAUGUGUGUGUCUAUAGUACCCCCUGGGGGGAGUGUUUACCCCCUAAAAGCAGACUUGUAAAUAUUGACAUGUUGGACAAAUAAAGCAAAUAAGAAGUG